AUGUCUACUCGCAAGAGAAAGAACGACCCUGAGGAGGAGCUCCAGGCUCUGCCUAGUGACGACAGCGCAGAGGAAGAAGAAUAUGAAGACUCCGAGGUUGAAAUCGAUGACGUGAGCGAUGAAGGCGACGAGGACGCCGAGGACUCCGAACUUGACGAAGACGAGGAGGAGAAAGAGGAAGGCGCCGAAGGUCCUCCUGCAGCUAAAAAGCAAAAGACCAAGCCCUCAGAAGGCGAUGCUGAGAAAGCUACCAACGGCGAAGACGAUGAAGAAGAGGCAGAGAUCGAGGGAGACGAUGAUGUUGAAGACGAGGACGCCGAUGAGACGGCGGAGACUAGUGGUCCUGCCGAGGCAGCUGCUAAGGCUAAAGGUGGUGAUGUGCCCAAGGAGUCGGACUUGGCUGAGGUCGAGGACGAUGAUGAAGAGUAA